AUGGUGGUGCCCCGGCCACGACAUCCUCUCGUCCGCGCCCUCACCCGUGUCCUCUCUCGACGACACGUCUUGUCCUCCUCCUCCUCCUCCUCUCCCUUCUCCCGCUGCCACCACCUCGCGCGCCACGGCCCUGACCCCCCGCCCAUCACCCUCGUCGUCCACCGCCCGGAGCUCCUCGCCCAGUGGGCCGCCAGCGACGGCGGCAUCGAGAUAACUACGCUCGCCCACAACUCUCCCUCCUCCUCCUCUUCCUCUUCCUCCUCCCAGGUUCAACCGCAACAGCAACAGCAACAGCAACGAGCAGGAGAACAGGAGCAGCAGCAGCAGCACGUCCACCGCAGCAAAGCCCCCUUCGACAUCGAGUUCUGGUCCGACGCGCCCCCGCCCCGCGGCCCCGUCCGCGAGGUUGCCGUCAUUCGGAACCUCUUCAUCGCCACAAAGGCCUCGGCCGCCAUGCCCCAAGCCGACCGCCUCCGCCGCUACCUUGACGCCCGCUCCGCCGUCGCCUUCGCCCAGAACGGCAUGUCCAAGCUCUGGCCCCCACACGGCCCGGCCUACGUCGCCGCCCGCUGGCCCCGCCCCCCCGGCGCCUCCUCCUCCUCUCCCUCCGCCGCCCCGAGCUUCCUCGCCUGCAUCACCGGCCACGGCGUCUACUCCCUCGGCCCCUUUCGCAGCGUCCACGCCUCGCCCGCCGGCGCCACCGUCGGCCCCGUCCUGCUCAACCCCGAUGCCGCCACCACCGCCGCCCAGUACCUCACCAAGUGCAUCGCCUCCGCCCCGGGCCUCGACUGCCGCGCCGUGCCCUCGGCGGAGCUCUGGCUCAUGCAGCUGGAGAAGCUCGUCAUCAACACCUCCAUCAACCCCAUAACCGCCAUCCUGCGCUGCAAGAACGGCGCCCUCUUCGAACCCCGCGCCAGAGGGCUUGCCCGCCUCUUCGACCGCCUCCUGGCCGAGACGAGCGCCGUCCUCCAGGCCCUCGUCGGUCAUCCCAGCACCGCCGCCAUCCUACUGCGCCCCCAGCUGCCCGGAUCUGGAUCUGGAUCCGGAGCCGGAGCCGGAUCCCAGGGCCGUGACGACAGCUCGUCGUCGUCGCCCGACCUCGAGGGCCAACGCGGCGCCCUUCGCGCGCGCUUCUCCCACGCCCGCCUGCGCGACUUCCUCUACGACUACGGAUCCCGUGUCGGCGACAACACGAGCUCCAUGCUGCAGGACGUGCGUGCCGGCAAGCCCACCGAGAUUCGCGACUUCAACGGCUGGAUCGUCGACAUGGCAGACUUCCUCGGCCUGUCCGACGCCGUCCCCACACACAGGGCCCUUGUCGACCUAGUCGAGGUCGCCGCCGCGCUGACCGAGGACGAGCUCGUGCAAAGGCUUGGCGUAUGAUGGUCCAUACUCCCUUUUCUCACAAGUCUUGCAGCUGUGGUACGACAUGGUCAGCCCUGGCUGCACUUGCUUGGCCUCUAGUCAAGUGGCCGGCUGCUUUGAACGGUAAUAUCAAAAAUUGCAUCCCCCGCAAGGCACGAAGCGCCCCCUAGUCCAAUACACAACCCCUCAUGCGUCAUGUCGCGAUUACGGCGCCCCUAGUACGUCCUUACCCUUCUGUUUGGCAUAUUUGGGCCCUCAACUCCGAACCCGGCGAUCGGACCACCAUCCCUGUUCUAUGUACAUUUCUCGCCCCGGUUCCAGACUCCUUCUCUUUGCUGCAACUGCCGCCCUGUUUCGAACCAUUUCGGUGAAGUAGAAAAGGAG